AUGAUGGAGGAAAGAUUUUUAGGGAACCAGGGGAGAGUUCACAGCAUCGAGGCUAUUUUAGGAUUCAGGCAGGAGGAGAGCAGCAUGGAGACCCUAAAAAAAUACCCCAGUACACACAGGGUGGAAAGUGUGCAGUGUGACGGCGGGUCCGGAGCCGCUCUGAGUCCCGAGCUGGCGGACGGUGAGAAGAAGCUGUUGGAUGAGGACCGGGGGAGGAAGAAGCACCGGCGCAACAGGACCACCUUCACCACCUUCCAGCUGCACGAGCUCGAGAGAGCCUUCGAGAAGUCGCGCUACCCGGACGCGUGCAGCCGCGAGGAGCUCGCGCUCAAGGUGAACCUGCCGGAGGUGCGCGUGCAGGUGUGGUUCCAGAACCGCCGGGCCAAGUGGCGUCGCCAGGAGAAACUAGAACUGAGCUCCAUCAGUCCCAUCAAGCUGCAGGACUCCACCAUGCUCCCCUUCCACAGAUCAUCAGUCCUGGAACCCUGGAUCCCCCCGCCACCCCCCGUCUCCACCUCCGGCUCCCCGCUGCACUCCUUCCCUCCCUUCUACACGGCCCCGACCGGUUACGCCCCACCGUCCUUCCUCAGCUCGUCCUCAGUCAGUCAGUGUCCGUCUCUGCCUCAGAUCGGCGCUCCGUGUCCUUUUCCUCCUCCUCCGGCGUUCCAGUGCUCGGGGUUCAUGGACAAGCUGCACCAGGAGGACGCGGAUCCGAGGAACUCCAGCAUCGCGUCUCUCAGGAUGAAGGCCAAGGAGCACAUUCAGGCCAUGGGGAAGUCCUGGUAGAACCAGACCGAGAACAUACAGACUCUGAAAUGAACUUUGAACUUUGUGCUUCAGGAAAUUUGACGAGCAAGCU